AUGAAGGCUUCAUCUGAAGUAAACCUCAAACGUAACCGUUCUUCCCAACGUGUGCCGAAACAGUCCAGCACAUCGACAAUUAUACUAUUAUCGCUAGCAGCACUAGCCUCAAUGCUCUUCAUCUGGCACGAUGUAUUGCAAGCUCAUCAUGCAGGCUCUCGGCUGUCCAACAAAGUCAAUCUCGAGCGGGAUAGUAGGGAGCUUACGACUACCCCACCACCGGCAUCCGCGGUGCAGACGACAAUCAGUACUGUUUCAUAUACCACGACCACUAUAACCACCACGAUGACGGUGAUAUUACUUGCAAAUCACACCGCAACAGUCGAAGAACCAACUACACACUCAUCGGACACAGCAUCAACUGCAAUUCGCCUCGCAAUGGCUUUGCUCGUGCCCAUCUCGAUACUCGCUUAUUCCUCCUUCAAAUCAUCUCGCCUUGCCACCCCCUCUGAUCCUGCUAUGUUCAAUGGGUCUCUUGACAUAGCCCCUUUCACUCCGCCUGAGCCUAUUCAGCCUACAACCCUUCGGGACCCCGAAUGCGAAAAAUUGCUGAGCCCUAGCGCAGCCCUCCAACGGCCUAUUGGUCAAACUUCACUAACAUUAAUGGAAUCCAUACUUUUUCCAUAUGGAAUUCAGAUGGAAUAA